CAGAAAUUGCUUUUGUCUUGCUCAAAGUCAUUGUGCAUCUCGACACAAUAUGAUAUGGAGUGCGUCCGCUGCGUAACAUCCAGGAUAAUGUAGAGCGCAUUCAUUACGUUUCAGGGACCUGAUGCCAAUAUGGGCUCAAUUAUCGAUGGAGGGAUCGUCGCAUUCAUCGCAUUGAUUGGAAUAUGGCUGGUGGUUUCAGUAGUUUCAAACUUUAUUGUUAUCGUCAUUGUUGCCAAAAACAAGAAGAUGCGAACCGUGACGAAUUUGUUUAUUUGCAACUUGGCGUUGAGCGACAUCUUUCUUGGAGUUUUCAUACUUCCGCAGAAUUUGCAUGAUUUGACCCACACCGAGGAGUACUUUGAAGGAGACUUUUCUUGUCGCGUAGUGAACGCGUUGCCAAUCUACUGCAUAAUGAACUCGAUUUGCACAAUGGUGAUGAUGUCUGUGGAGCGCUACAGAGUAAUCGUGGUAACAUCAAAGAUAACAUUAAAACAGGCUGUCCAAGCUAUUGUUGCGAUUUUUCUCAUUGCAAUUGCGACGUGCAUACCCACAAUUAUUGAAUACAGCGAAUAUACGAUAUCGAUAACAUCAGAGGAGGAGGGUGAUGUACCUGUAAGCCUUAACUCAGCAUUGCUCAAUAUGACUAGCAAUACCACCACCAUUCAGCGACUUCGAUGUGGGAGUAAUUCUGUCUCCCAUACCUUCUCAAUAGCUAACGGGUUCUUUCUGCUCGUCAUUGCUUAUGUUUUACCCUUGAUUAUAAUUGUAACGAACUACAUGCGGCUUGGGUCAUUCUUGGGGUCACGUGCAAGGGUGAUACAGCCAGGUACCACACAAGUGAACAGUUUCCAGCAGUCGAACGCGUUGGCCAGGAAGGUGAAAGUUGUGAAGAUGCUCGUGCUGGUUGCAGUCUUGUUCGCCUUGUGCUGGAUGCCCUACUUUGUCUUGCUUCUGAUAGCAAAGAUGACAGGAGCCGACGAUAGUGCAGAUUUGAAUGGCGUCUUCAACAUGAUCAGAUUGACACUGUCAGUUUUCAGCACUUCAUACAACACUGUCCUGUAUGUAGUUUACAACACACAGUUCAGGGAAGGCUUCAAAUCAAUCCUGUGUGGAUGCUCAAUAUGUCAUUGUUGCUCAACAAGUAAUAUUGAAAUGUUCUCAACGCAGGCAACAUCAUCCUCCGGGCACAGGGGUCCAGAUAGAACAGGUGUCCAAGGGUCCUUCAGAACAGAGUGGACAAUACCCGGACCCAAGCUUUACUCCAGAACGGGUUGGGUGAUGUCUGGACCCCUGCAGGAUGAGGCAAUAAUGCCGACGAUAAUACCCGCGAGGGCUUUUGAUCAGAACAUUGAAGAGGAACCAGCAGCGUACAAGCAGAAAUGAAUUAAGAAAUCGAAUUUAUUUCAAAAUUUAAUCCAAGACAAAGUGGCUCAAAGCUGUGCAGUACGGAAUGACAGGGCGAUCUAACAUCUCCAUUCGUAUCUAAUUCGUUUAGAAUAAAGUCUCACCCUGACACUGGCGGAUCCAGAAACUGAUAAGGGAGGGGGGGGGGAUUUCAAAUCAGGCAAAUCAUUUUGCGCGUAAAAAUUUUUUGGGUCCCUUAUUUCAAAAAUUGGGCCCAAAUUUUGAAAAAUUAAGGUCCAUUUUUGAUAAUUUGGCCUACAAAGGUCCAAAAGGCCAAGUAAUACACAAAAAGGCCCACUAAUUGAAGCCCUACAAAAUUUGUAGAGCCCCCCCCCCCCCCAUGUUGUCCCCCCUGGAUCCGCCAGAGCCUGAAAAAAUAUUCAUAGACCAUCCUUGUUAAAACUAAAUACGCGCAUAUAUGCGCAUAUUACAAAUAUGAUUGUGAAAUUGGCUUUCACCAUUCACUGAUACAGGGUGGCCACAAUUACAAUACCAAGUCUCUAACUCUUGUAAAGAGACUUUUUGGACACCUUGUAUAUAUCUUAUAUUUAUUGUUAGUUUGUGACUUGUGAAGGUAUCAUUACGUGAAAUGAACAAGUAUUCGUUUUGAUUGCUUGAUGUUUUUCUGUUAUGUUUCCAAAUAAUGACAUUUUUAUUGAAUUUGAUGUUUUUGAAUCUCACGAUAUUACACACUUGUGGUUUAAAUUCAUAAGAAUGGCCAACAAUGUGAUUCAGGGAUAUUAUAUUCGAAGUGAAAAGAUGAACUCAGUGCUGGAUACAAACCCAUAAUGUAGAAGAGUGCUCAGAUAUAGCUUAUUUAUAAUGUAGUUCACCAGUCACAAGCUUGACAGAUGAUAAUUAGUUAUUUUGUACAUGAUUUAUCGUUAUGUUUUGCUCAUAAAUCUGUAUUUUACGUUGUAUUAGAUGCAAAUGUAAUUUAACAUACACUUUGAAAGCUUUGCCUUUUUCAUGAACCAAUUAGUUAAGCGAGGCCUAUAAUACGUCGGGCAGUUCAUCGAUGGUUAAUACGAAAUAAUCCAGAUGACAUAAGAACAUCGAUUAUGCAGAAAUACACCAAUUCCAAUAUGUUAUGCCUCGAUCACUUAAUAGUUCAUAGAACAAGGUACAGGGUGAGAAAAUUCGUACCUAAAAUACAGCAGUGUGACUGUGUGAGCUUAUUGGCCCAGAAUGCAAGAUGGCCGCCCAAAAGUUAAUCAGCUCCAGAACUUCUAUUCUUUACCAUGUAACAUGUGUAAAAUUUGAAGUAAUUUCGUUGAGUGGUUUUCCUAGAAUCACGAUGACAAUUAAAG